AUGGCGGUGUGUGACGUGUCGUCUGAUCCCGGCAUUGCGGGCCCAUCGAUGAAGCAAGAAGUGCAGCACUACCACCAGCUGUGGUCAGGCGUCCCACCGCCUCCAAAGGCCUUCAUGCCGUUUGCACAGGAGAAGAGGCGAUCGGUGGCCGCCGAGAAGCUGAACGAAGACAACCAGCGUGUGAGCAGCCGACUGGGCAAGCUGUGGCGUUCCUUUUGCGCCAUCGACAAGGGACCCUAUCAGCGCAAUGAAGCCGAAGCUGCUGCCGCGCAACGAAGGAGAUACCCCUACUACGUCUUCGAUCAGCGCGGGGCCCACAAGCGCGGGGAACAUGGGCACCGGAUAAGCCCGGGAAUGAGUCUGCCUGGCUCUGUUCCUGAUGUUCAAUUGAAAAGGAGCAGCAGUUCAGCGCUUCCGCGAGCUCCUUCCAGGGCGGAGGCAGACCGGAGUUGCAGCAUCCAUCCGCCUUUGUCGCCACCACCGCAGAGGUGCAACUGCCGUGCAACCAGUGCUACACUUGAUCGCGUUUCGGGCGCUGAUCAAUGGACGCCGUAUCCUGGGCUGCUGGCGACGCCCUGGUCACAGCGACGGCUCGCACGGCUCUAG